ACAGCCAUAGCAACACUAAUUAGCCCGCUCGACCUAGGUGCCAUAAAAAUACAUCCCGAAAAAAAUAAUCCUGGCUUUCGAUGGAGCACGUCCCACCAUGAUACCCCCCCCCGUCAAUCGGUCUCAACGCCCGGGAAGUGAUGGGAUACACCUACAGAAAGGCACAUGAGAGAACAACCGGCAAGGGCAAGAAAGCAACAUCCAGAGGUACUGGUGGAAACAUUAGCCCUGCAGAUGCGGGGAUGCAGAAGAAUGCAGCUACAAGUGCCAAAGAGAGGAGAAUCAGCGCCCAGAGUGACGGCGGAUCUCGGCGAAAGUCAGGAGGAGCAGCUCGGACAGGUUCCGUUCUACAGGGGACCAGCCGUGUGACGAUCUAUAUGAAGAAGAAGCUGAAUGGGGAUGGGAGACUGGCUGUUUGCCGUAAUGGUGUUCCACGUUUUUUGAUUAUGUGA